CCUCCGGGGGGCGGGGCCGCUGCGGGGCUAAAGUCACGUGAUCUAGGCAAAGCCAAACUGACCAAUUCCAAUAUGGUGGCCAGCCUAGCAGGUCUACGGUUCCUGUUGAUGGUAGUGUUGUUCUGCGGAAUCAGGUACGGCGCCUGCAGCCAGAAAGCUCCGCAGGUUUUGGGGCUGCGGCUGGAAGAACCAGUGGAUCCGCUGUGCAUGAAGGGUCGUAUCAUUUCAGCACCAAAAGGAGCCACGUUUAAGCUCCGUGUCUUCGGGUUUAAUCUGAAUGGAAGCUUGCCGUGGGUCGCGUUCGCAGGGGCAGCUGGCGGAGCGGCUGGGGCUGUCGGUGAUACACCGGACCCUUGCGAGGAGCAGUCCAACCGCCAGGACUCCAAGUUAAAGGUGACCAAUUUAGAACUCGACGAUGCGCACAGCGUGCUUCUAACUGUGGAGGUUAGCACCUCUGAGGGGGAAGCUGGCAACGAGCAGACCUACUACCACCUGUGUGUGCGGAGUGGAGAGACAUGGACAUCUGCGGGCCUGGACAGACUGCGAAUAAACACUGACACGGAUCUGCCAGCAGACUACAUCCCGCCGUGGGGUCUGGCCGUACUGAUAGUGCUUGUGCUUAUGAUCUGCGGAUUGCUGAGGACGGUGAACUUGAGCCUUUUGUGGCUGGACCCAGUCGAGCUUUAUGUCCUACACAGCUGUGGAUCCGAGGAGGAGAAACGAGCCGCCAAACGGCUGGAGCCGAUAAGGAGGAGGGGGAACUUCAUGGCAUGUUCUUUGUUGUUCCUGUGUGCUCUGGGGCACUCUGUCCUCGGUGUGCUCCUGUACCGGGCACUGGGCUCCAUCGUCUCUGCUGUGUUCAACAGCGGCUUCCUUAUCUUCUUCCUAGCUGAGCUGGCUCCUCACAUCUUGUGCUCAGGUUACGGCUUCCAGCUGGCACCUGGUCUGACCUGGCUGGCCCAGGUUUGCAUGGUGCUUACCUGCCCCCUGUCUUGCCCUCUGGGCCUGAUUCUGGAUCUGGGGCUGAGGAGAGACAUCAGUACCUGUGGGAUAAGGGAGAGGGCCAUGGAGAUGGUACGGGCAAACGUGAAUGAUCCUUACAGUGAGUUUGUAAAGGAGGAGUUCAGUCGUGGGACAUUGCGCAUUAAGACCGUGGAGGACAUCUUGACACCUCUGAAAGACUGCUUCAUGCUGCCUAGCUCGGCUGUCCUAGACUUCUCCACUAUGUCUGAGAUCAUGCAGAGUGGUUACACCCGUGUGCCCAUUUAUGAGGAAGAGAGGUCUAACAUUGUGGAAAUCCUUUAUGUGAAAGACUUGGCUCUGGUUGAUCCAGAAGACUGCACCCCAAUGACGACUAUCACCAAGUUCUACAAUCACCCUCUGCACUUUGUGUUCAAUGAUACCAAACUAGAUGCCAUGUUGGAGGAAUUCAAAAAAGGCAACUCUCACAUGGCCAUCGUCCAGAAGGUGAACAAUGAGGGAGAGGGAGAUCCUUUCUAUGAGGUGCUGGGUUUGGUCACUUUAGAAGAUGUCAUAGAGGAGAUCAUCAAGUCAGAGAUCCUGGAUGAAUCUGAUGGCUACUUAGACAGGAAAGUAAAGCGUCCCCUCACUCCACUGGAGAUUCCUCUGGAGCCUCGCAGCACCCAUGAGGAGUUUUCUCUUUUCAAGCCUCCUGAAGGAGAACCCAAGAUCCGAACUUCACCACAACUCCUGCUAGCCACACACCGCUUCCUGUCCAGAGAAGUGGAACACUUCAACCCAGCACGUGUAUCUGAGAAGGUCCUGUUCCACCUGCUCCGUCACCCCAGUGUCAACCAGGAAGUGCACUUUGACCCUAACAACCGUCUGAGCCCAGCACACUAUCUUUACACCCGCAACCACCCAGUGGACUAUUUCAUCCUUCUGCUGCAGGGCCGCGUUGAAGUGGAGAUUGGCAAAGAGGGGCUGAAAUUUGAAAAUGGAGCAUUUACAUACUAUGGCGUGUCUGCUUUGACGCUGCCAUCUUCAGUGCACCAGUCUCCGGUGUCAACUCAGCGUCACUCUCCCAGGGAUCCUUUUGAGUCAGCAGAAGCCACAAGCCCGUCCAGCUAUUGCCCCGACUACACCGUCCGAGCUCUCACGGACCUCCAGCUCAUACGAGUGACACGUCUACAGUAUCUCAACGCUCUCAUGGCGUCACGCGCUGGCCAGAGUCCAGAUCCACCUGAGAUCAAGAUUUUGCCGAACAGUCAGACCAAGCUGCUCAAUGACAGAAACACCACGCAAGAUUCCACAGGUGGCACCAGAGCCCAGAAGAGCUCCCCAGAAGAUGAGGCUCACGGGUAGUGCAGUUUCUGUCAGCCUGUUGUUUGGGGGGGAAGCCCUCCUCCAACCAAGUAGAGAUUGGUUUUGUUUUUUUUUAUAUCAUUGUUUGUAAUUAUUGAUAAAUCAUCUAUGGCUGGAACCUAGUUAUUGGACAAGACUGGAGUGGAAGUGCUUUUUGUCUUUUAUGUACAUCUACUGUUCACACUGUUCAUUUCCACCCACAUUCCUUUAUGUGCUUACUAUUGGAAUUAUUAUUUUAUGCAAUUUUUAAUAACUUUGGACUAUGUGUGUGCAUGUUUAUGUAUAUACAAAUAAAAAUGUGGUAUAGCAGGAAAAAGUAUAUGGAUCCUUUGGAAUGACCUUGUUUCUAUUGGGAUUCAUUAUAAAGUGUCAUCUGAUCAUCUUCUUUGCCAGAAGCGCAAUGUGCUUCAAUCAGCAAUACAAAACUGUGUGUCUGAAAGAAGAGCUUCCUGUAGCUGCAGGUCAAACUUGCACUGAAUUAUGGAAAACUCUUUCCCUGCAUUUUUUUUGUUGUUGUUAUUUUAAAAACUGGGCUGAUACAAAAUGCAAAUAUCUCCAAAGGGUUCCAUUGCUGUUUCUUGCCCUUGAGUAUACAUUUUAAUCUGGUGGUGCCUUACUUCCAGAUUGAGCCUUCUGUACUAAACUUGUUUUGCCAUUCCUUACUUGCGUGUGCGUGCGUGCGUGCAUCCCUUUGAGACAUUAAAAACACUCGAUAGUGGGUUCUAAGCAGAUUUGCACCUUACAUUUGUGCACUGUGGAAGAUGUUAAACUAUUUGGUGAGAUGCGAGGUACGUCCGAAUUUUUUCAAUUCAUUUAACAUUGAUGCCAUACUGUGUGUGUGUGUGUGUGUGUGUGUGUGUGCGCGCGCGUCUUUGAUCUUUCAGUCGCUCAUGGAUGGUUUUCUAGGGUCUGGUUCUACUACCAUAGACCUUGGAUCUGUAGCAAAGAUUUCUUGAAGCUUGACUGAUUUUUCACAAAUUCUGGAUAUAAUGUUUUGUCAGGGUAGAAAACAUGGCUAAAACAGCACCGGCCUUUUGAAAGAAUUCUAGAAACAUUUUGUUCAGUAUAGGGGUUAACAGUGUAGACCCGUAGAGCUCAGGUGCUGUUGAUUGUUACUAUAUACAUAGAAGUGACUGACCUUUCUGCUAGUUUAUCCCGUUGUUCUCUUUUUUUCCCCCCCCCAAACUGGCAAGUCAAAUUGAAACAUGCCUUACUGUGAGACAAAAUACAGUGUGGUUUCUCCAAAAAAAAAAGAAUAUAAGGACAGAACUAUAAUUCAAUAUGAAACUGAGGAUGAAAAGAUGCAAAAGGAUUUCCAAAUUGACAUCACAAGCUGAUAAACUGUUAUUUGACAUAUCUUUUAUUACUUCACAUCACACAUUCACCAUAAAGACUCUGACAUGAUGGAAUGGAGAUUUGAUAGUCUAAGAGAGGGAAUUUUAUUUGGCACCCCACAGUUAGACAUCUUACAGUGUUACUGUUUAAAGGGACCUUAACACAAGACUAAACACCUGUUAGUGUUAAUAAUGUUUGAGACCUUUGUCGACAUCAAGAUUAGAGUGCACUGAUUUCUAUAGCCUUUCUGCUGUGAUUGGUUAUUAUGCCUUCAGGCAUGUGUGAUUGAGUAUGUGUGAUAAAUUCAGAGAAAAGGACUAUAGAAAUUCAACCAAUAUAGAGGUCCUUGCAUGACGUCUAGCAAAAGGCCAACAGCACACCUAACAGGGGUUCUUUUUUCCCGACAAAUUCUGAUUGGUCGAAGAAUCGGCUUUUACAGAAAGACUGCCACUACAGACUUUACCAUAAAGGGGAAGAAAUCCAGAAAGUAUCAAAACUAAAAAAAUACUAAUGAGAUGCAUAGACAUUUAUAUGAACAAAUUAUAUAUAUCCAAAUAUAGACAAUUUUGAGGGGUUUUUUUAGGUUGUUAUUUUUCCCCCACUCAGUCUCUAAACAAAACUCCAGACUCGUGGUUUGUACUUGUACUUUGACUUUUGAUACUUUGUACUUCUGCUCCAAACUUUAGGUUGCAGCUUUUUAAGUCUCACCUACUUAGCUGCUAUUACCAGGCCAAGGAGGUGAGACUAUGUUGUUAUCUUUUGCAUCUCUGCAGGCUUAAUUCAGAAACAUUGAGUACUGAAAGAGCUAGAGAUUUUUGUUGAAUUCUUUUUAAAGAUUGGUGUAACUUAUGUGACCAUACAAUGCCUUUAGAUAAACAAAAACAUCCAUCAUGUCUAAAAGGACCUGUGGAAACACCAGUUGGAACAAUAGACCGUAUAGAUGAUAUGGAAUUGAGACAGAUCACAUUACUACCUUGUCAAUCACUCUAACAUUUUGACUCUAAUGGAGACCGUAAUUCUCUUUUUAUAGGACUUGAAACCAUAAAAGGAGACCAUAAAGUCAUCAGGAAAAGCAAGAUUUAAUAUAAAGUUGUGCAAUCAGAUCUGUGACACAGAAAUGGGACAUGUUUCUAUUGUUGCUGUUCCUAGUGUUCCUUAAGUAAGUUCUAAUAUACAUGCUGUGAUGCUUCUACGAGUAGGUCUGCUUUUCAUAAGUCAUGUAAACUUAAGACUUAUGAAAAGCAGACCUACUUAAACUUAAGAGCAUACAGUAAGCAGCACAGCACAGAGCACUGUGGUUAAGUAGAGGGUCUGCUCCCUGCACUGUUCCCAGUGUGUCGUCUAAUCCUUGCAACUGGAAAUCAGAUUGGCACUGAAAGGGUGAAUGUGGUGAAAUGUUGUUUCUAAUAUUGUUUAACUGCAGUUCCCCUGUAGUUAAUGUGUGUUAAUGUGUGUGUGUGUGUCCGUAUGAGUUCAACGCAGUAUGUCACCUGUAGACCAUGAAAAACAUCCAGUCUGCACUGUAGUAUUCAUUAUCCAGUAUGCUGACAGUUUAAAAUACAUUUGAAAUGUCUGUCAGUCAUUGUUGCAUGUGUGUAAACAUGUGAGAAAGGUCAGAAGUGGCUUCUAAAUAAUCCCUGUGUUGAUGAUAAAAUAUUAAUGAUAACAAGGAAGGACAGGAAGAGUCAGUCUUAUAAUGGAAAGCUUUCACUGCAUUAUUAAAUAAAUGGAACUAGAUGAAACAAAGCAGUGGGAUAUAAAACAUCUUAUUCUUCAUUGUAGGACCUAUUAUCUCAUUCAUAGAGGAAAUUAACUCAAAGCAAAUACAGUUUUGUGAGGUGAUGGAAAGUGAAUUGGCAAUGGCCAAACUUAUGAGGUGAAUUGUCAGAAAAUCAAAAUGAAUCAGUGAAAGCACAAACGGGUACAGGUUCAUCUUAUGUUUAUAUGACAAUCACAGUUGAGAUGAAAGAGUUCCAAAAAAGGCCCAGCAAUCUUUAGUUUGGGAAUGGCUGCUAUAUUGUAUAAGGUAGAUUUUAAAAUCUAAAUCUAACCCUUAAAGGAUAAUUCUAGUUAAUUUCAACCUAGCUUACAUCCCAGUAAUUUGGCUCAAUGGCUCAUGCUAACUUUACCUUGUCAACUCCAUUGUAGAGGUGGCAGUGUGAGAAGUUGCACAAGAAGUCAGCAAAGUUGUUUCUUUACAUUGUGUUGAUGACUAUAACCGAUUUUUAGAAACUGUUUUAAAUUACAGACAUUUAACUCAUUUUAAAUGUCUCCUUUCAAUUUUUCAGAUGCACGGGUGCCAACUUAACCUGAGAAUUCAUGGCCCAUUAAGCCAUUUCAAUAGGAAACACACCAUGUUAAUCAUUACAUAAUCAACCUAGUGUAUUUCCCACAUUGGUGUGCAGGGUUGCUUAGGAGUCGGCGCUGUCAGCUGUGACACAGUGUGUUUCUUUGUGUUUCAGAUCCAUGUAUGUUAGAUUCAGUCUGUGCACAUGUAUGCGUUAUUAUUCAAGUGUAUUGCCAUAUUCCAGCAGAAUCCCAGAUUCCCUGAUAAUGGGAUUGUGAGUAAAUAUUUUUUUCAGCAGUUUGCUCAUUUUUUGUUCUAAAAAAGUUGAUUUCUAUCAAAAGAUUGAAUGUAAAAAGAUAAUCCUGAUUUUGUGCGACUUGGGCAGUUUGCUGAUGUUAAGAAUGAUGUAUUACUAAAUGACUACUUGGAGUAUAAAUCUAGGAAAUAUUUUAUAGGUAAUCAGUCUUAGUUUCCAGGUACAAUACUGUUACCAGACGAGUUAUUGAGAAUUAAAUAGUUCUCGCUCUCUCUCGCUCGCUCGCUCACUCUGUUACAUUUGUAUAGAACUUCUAAAGUUAUUUUUGAUGGUUUGUUUUUUCUGGAAUGCUGCCAGUAUUGGGUAUAUUGGGACUCCAUUGAAUUUAACACUUUCAAUAAUUUCUUAGGAAAUAAAGUCAAUCCUGUUCUGAACAUGUUAA